CUUCGAAGAAAAUGGCGGCCGUCCGAAGGUUAUCCCUAACCGCUGCGGUCCUGCGGGCGGCCACUCCCUGGCAAGGGGGCAGCAGGCUUCUCGCGGCCUCCCGUGUACCUCGGGCGCUUAGGGAAGUGUCGUCCACCAGCCCCGAAGCUGGCGAAGGGCAGAUCCACCUCACCGACAGCUGCGUCCAGAGGCUUCUGGAAAUCACCGAAGGAUCAGAGUUCCUCAGGCUGGAGGUGGAGGGAGGUGGAUGCUCCGGAUUCCAAUACAAAUUUUCACUGGAUACAGUUAUCAACCCCGACGACAGGAUAUUUGAACAGGGUGGGGCAAGAGUGGUGGUUGACUCUGAUAGCUUGGCCUUCGUGAAAGGGGCCCAUGUGGACUUCAGCCAAGAACUGAUCCGAAGCUCAUUUCAAGUGUUGAACAAUCCUCAAGCACAGCAAGGCUGCUCCUGUGGGUCAUCCUUCUCUGUGAAACUUUGAUGUGAUGACAGAUGACCCAGAGAUUGCUGUCAUCUGUACCAAUUCAAGGAACCUGGGAUUAGAAGAAUUCUAAUCCUUCCAAUCAUGUCCCUCUCUCACUUUGAUUUCCCACAAUUUAGGAAUGCUGUGUUCUGCCACUAUUUAUUUUCAGAAUGUGAAGCUUUUACCCUUGAGUUAGUUUCUCCCACACAGGCUUGUAAGGCCAAGCCUGUAGGUGCUGUUAGCUAAGAUUUAGUAACUGGUUGAAACCAGUAUCAUCUGUGGAGCCUCCAGGGUUCCAGAAUUUGGAGUUACUUCUCUGGCCUUCAAAGAUGCUUGUACAUAUGUGUAUAGCUAUGUAUAAAAGCUUCAUUUUAAAGAAA